AUGAAUGAGCAAGACAGAGGUUGUGUGGCCAAGGCGGAGUUGGCUGAAGAGAGAUUCAAGGUGCUCAAGGCCAAUGCUGACUCAUACAAAUUACAGAUCCAAGCAUUGGAGAAGAAGAACAAUAACUAUUCUGUGACCGUUGCUAAAUAUGAGCAGUCCAUCAGCCACAUGAAAGAUGAAUGUGUGGCAGCAAAUGCUAAAUUGUCCAGAGCUGAAGUUGGAUUAGAACAUUUACGGCGAGAAUAUCAGCUGUUGAAGGAGUCUGAGGCUCGGCUAGUAGUGCGGGAACGGGGAGGCGACAAAGCGACAGGCCAGUGGGCAGGCUAUGCUGAUGGCCAACCUGGAGAUGAUCAAAGCCAGCUUCGAGCGGACUGA